AUGUCUCACGCCAACCCGUCUCAGGACAUCCCUUUCCGUGGGCUCUUCGGGGACAACAAUAGUAAUGAGUGUCCUGUCACAUAUCGUCAAUACAUCGAAUAUCGGGACCGGCUUAAUAACCUCGCAACACUAAAUUAUUUGGAGGAACUCGGAAUUCCAGACGUAAAGGAGAGUGUGUCGAAGUGGUUGGACGAUGCCAACCACGGACCCAACUAUCACUACGAUAGGAUUCAAUAA